GGCACAACAAGGGCCGACAAACACACGUACACGCACGCGCACUCACUCACACGCAUGCGCACACACAAACACUCCACUUUAAACACAACACUUUAACUAAAAACUAUGUGAGAAGGUUUUUGCUGGACGUUUCUUUGACUACUAAAAGGAGACCAAAUAACAUUUUGAAUGGAGAAGAUGCGUUCUGGUCUUUGUUUGCUGCUCCUGUGCGGCUUCCACCCGGCGCUCGCCGCCUGGUCGGAAUCCGAGGAUGUCGUGCCUGUUCGGAUACUCGGAAGACGCAGCGGUCGCUUCUGGAAACGGAGCGAGGACCAGGCGAGAGUCGUCCUCAACGCCUUCGGCAAAGACUUGACGCUGAAUCUCAUCCCCGACACCAGUUUCAUGGCGCCUUACUUCACAAUUAAACGCCUGCAAGCCAAAGAUUUGGGCGCGUUACGCUCAGGUGCGCAAUUGCAGGGCAAAGAUAUUCGCUAUUUAAUCAACCAGACGGAGGAAAGCGAAGGACAGUUGAGAAGUUGUUUUUAUUCGGGGAGCGUAGAUGAAGAUCGAGACUCGGUUGUGGCUCUGAGUCUGUGCUCCGGGGUCUACGGCUCCUUCGUGACGGAAGGAAACGAGUACAGCAUCGAACCCAAGUUUCCAGGCGGCGUCGGGGCUCAGUCCACUGCCGAACAGCUGCACGUCAUCAAGAGGAGGACAUUGUCCCAAAGUCGUCCUUUACUCUUCGACCACAUGGGCCGCAAGUUGGGUUUUAGUUUUACGCACCGCAACAGCAGCGACGCACAGAGGAAAUAUCGGCGCAGACGCUUCGUGUCCGCGCCGCGGUUCAUAGAAACUUUGGCCGUGGCGGAUUCCAGCAUGACUCAAUUCUACGGGGACGAAAUCAAGCACUACAUUUUGACUUUAAUGUCAAUGGCUGCUCAGCUGUACAAGCACCCCAGCAUCAAGAAUUCAGUGACUUUGUUGGUAGUAAAGUUGUUAGUCAUAGAGGAUGAGGAAGUCGGUCCAGAUGUCUCCAGCAAUGGAGGAGUUGCCUUAAGGAACUUUUGCUCUUGGCAGCAGCUCUUCAACCCAUCAAGUCAGAGACACCCGGAGCACUUUGACACCGCCAUGCUUUUCACGAGAGAGGACAUCUGUGGACAAAAGAGUUGUGACACUCUGGGUGUUGCCGAUGUCGGGACGAUGUGUGAUCAUAAGAGAAGCUGCUCCGUUAUAGAGGACAACGGUCUGCAAGCUGCCUUCACUGCUGCACAUGAGCUUGGUCAUGUGCUAAGCAUGCCGCACGAUGACUCCAAAACCUGCGAGAGGCUGUUUGGGGAUCUUGGAGGGCAUUACUUGAUGGCUCCUUUGUUUUUUAGCCUCAAAAAAAACAUGCCUUGGUCUCCUUGUAGUGCUCUCUACAUUACAGACUUCUUCGACAGUGGUCAUGGGGACUGUCUGCUGGAUGUUCCAGAGAGUAGUUUGCCAUUACCAAAGGAGCUGCCAGGCACCAAAUACAGCCUAAACCAUCAGUGCCAGCAGAUUUUUGGAGAGGAAUUCUUCCAUUGUCCCAACACAACAGACAAUGAUAUCUGCAGCCAGCUCUGGUGUCAGGAGGAUGGAACAUCACAGUGCUCCACAAAGAAUGGCAGCCUGCCCUGGGCUGAUGGAACCCCGUGUAGUCUCAACAGGACAUGCCUGCAUGGAGUUUGCAGUCUUACUCAUGGGGUGCACGAGCCACUGGUGGUUGUGGAUGGGGGCUGGAGCACAUGGGGGCCGUGGCAGCAAUGUUCCAGGACAUGUGGAGGUGGAGUGGAGUUUUCCAACAGGGAGUGCACAAGCCCUGAGCCUCAGAAUGGGGGCAAAUACUGUGAGGGACUAAGGGUUCAGUACCAGUCCUGCAAUACAGAGCCCUGUAGCAACAAUGAAAAGAGUUUUCGAGAGGAGCAGUGUGAGAAGUACAACAGCCACAACUACCUGGACUACAACGGGAACAUGAAACUUUGGAUACCAAAGUACGCUGGAGUGUCUCCCAGGGACAGAUGCAAACUAUUCUGCCGGGCCAAGGGCAGUAACGAAUUUAAGGUGUUCGAACCCAAGGUAAUUGAUGGAACACCCUGUGGUCCUGACACCACGUCGAUGUGCGUCCAAGGGCAGUGUGUGAAGGCAGGCUGUGACCAAGUCAUCGGAUCCAAUAAGAGAGUGGACAAGUGUGGAAUAUGUGGAGGAAAUGGCCUUAAGUGUAGAAAGAUCACUGGGUCCUACAAUAAGACAAUCUAUGGAUACAGCGACAUUGUCACUAUUCCUGCUGGUGCAACCAAUAUUGACAUCAAACAGCGGAGCCACAGAGGAAUCAAACAUGAUGGGAACUAUCUGGCUAUAAUGAGAGAGACUGGCAGCUACAUCCUUAAUGGAAACUUCUCUGUAUCGACAAUGGAACAGGACAUCCCUGUGCUUGGUGCUGUGUUGAAGUACAGCGGCUCCUCAACAAUGUUGGAGAGGAUCCAGAGCUUCAUGCAGCUAAAAGAGACCAUCAUCAUUCAACUUCUGGCCACAGCAGGGGAUACCACUGCUCCCAAAGUGAGAUAUUCAUUUUUCGUCCCCAAAGAUGUAACUUUUAACAAGUCUAAAGAGAAAAAGGGUUCUUUGCCAUCUCUGCAUAUGAUUCAUCCCUUCAGCGUUUCUGAUUGGGUGCUUGGGGAGUGGUCUGAGUGCUCCAAGAGUUGCGGUUCUGGGUGGUCCAGGAGGAAUGUGGAGUGCAGAGACAGCACAGGCUUUCUCUCUAGCCUUUGUGAUAAAGAAUUGAAGCCGUUGGACAUCAGGGCCUGUGGGGAUCUGCCUUGCCCCAUCUGGCAGAUGGGACCUUGGUCCGCCUGCGCACAAACUUGUGGUCAGGGGCACCGGCAUCGCAGCAUCGUCUGCAUAGACUACACUGGGAAGACUGUUGAACCAGAGAAGUGUGAUCAUACUAAAAAACCUGCGCCUGUUUCAGGAGAAUGCUUCAACCCCGAGUGCCUCUGAAAAACGUGUGAUACUUUUGGCUGCUGACAACCACUGUUGGAAGUAAACAAUGAAAAACUACCUCGGGAAUGUAAUGAGUUGCCAUUUAUGGAAGGUGCUGUGUUUUAUUUUUUCCACUCUAAUGAACAACUCAAUCAUUUGACUGUUUGGGUUGGAUUAAUUUACUAAAUAUAUACAGCGGAACCCGCCUAAGUCUGUCGCUUAUGACAACAAUCCAUCUUUGUCAAACAAUCAUUAAAUCCACCAUGUUAUUGAUACAGUGCAACCUCAAUUUACGAACUUAAUUCGUUCAUGAACAUGGUUGGUCAACCUAAAAGUUUCCAUACAUGUAGUGAAGCAGAGUUCCCCAGAAGAAUCAAACAAGAAUAAUUGGUUCUAGUCUCGACAAAAGUCCCUUUUUUAGUAAAAAAACAAACAAACAUGCACACUUUGAAGCCACUAUAAUAGCUGUAUGUAUAUAUUUUUUUAUAUAUAAAUAUAUAUAUUGGAUCUACAAUCUUUUUUUUAUCCAAACAACACAACAACAUUACAGCAAGCUUAUUUGUCAAAACGCUAUCACACAAACGUCUUGUUGGUACGCUCCAACACAUUAACCACCAUGUUGCUGCAAAUAAAAACCAAAAAAAGGAUAAUAAUUUUACCUCGUGUCUGCAAAUAUUUGUGGUUUGUUGAACACUCUGUAAGUUUCGGAGUGAUAAACAAACAGUGGCUCUACGUAGUCAGCGCUAUUACAAGUGUCCUAGUAGUGCCUUCUUAUUUGCUGUAAUUAAGUUCCGCCGUGACAUCUUUUUCGGUCUUGUCACAAUUUAAGACUUUUAUGCUGAACAAAGCCUCUUUCACUGAUAAAAUCUUCGAACUAAAGGUGACUAACUAUCUAAAACACUAUCUCAAAGUACUUGUCCAGAAACCCCAAGGUAUACAUCAAGACUGUGAGAGUUUAGACACAAUUAAAGCAUUUCUGAUCACACAAAGUGACUUCUAAGACAGGCUUACACAGCUCUGACCAGCGCAAGGUAGGACCAUUGACAAAAUAAACACGUAAGAAGUGCCGCUCGCUGUCGGAGCUCUUUGAAAUGGCUGCGCCCGUGUGUACAGGAUGUAAACAAGAUGGGACGUAAGGGGCCCAGCUUCUUCAAAAUGGCAAUGCCAGCGUGUACAAAAAGUAAAAUAAUCGAAAUGGCAGCCCCGAUGGCUUGAAGAGGUAUGCAAAAUGAAUGAAUGAAUGAAGCGAUUGUACGCCGAAACAUGGUUUAUACACAAAGGCAUACAUGGCACGAUGUAAAGGUUUGUAAACCGAUAAGGUCGCAAUUAGAGGUGUUUGUAAAUCGAUGUCCAACUGUAUUGCUAAAAAGUGCCCGCGUAAGUAAGCGUCGACAUAUAUGGUAAACCGUUUUUGUUGACAUUAAAUUUAACAGCCAAAGGGGGGAUUUUAAGUUUUUAUACCCACAUUAUUAACUUCCUCAUCCUUGGGUCAAGUAAAAUGACAACAGUGAUAAAAUUAGCAUUAAAAUGUGCUCACAGUGACUUCCUGUUCAUUGAAAAAGUAAGCUUGAUAAUUAAAGCAUAGUACUAUUAACUUAGAUUCUACUACAGCACCUAACAAGAUACGGCCAUUGAUUAAAUUUUUUGGGGGGCCGAAUAAGAGAGUUGCACUUUAUUAAAAUCUUCAGUGUCUUUGUAGUCUGGACAACCACUUAGGUUGAUGUGAGCCGACAUAAGCGGGUUCCACUGUAUCAAUAAAAAAAUAACAACACACAAAAGGAAAAUGGCAAUAACCUUUUAAAUUGCUGGGGCCACUGGCUCGUCCCUGUUGCUAUGGUUAUUAUUAUUGUUAUCAAUAAACACUCGUAACAUGUACAACUUAACUGAUUUGAGGAAAACUCGAAGCACAAGUCCUUAAAUGAUGCAAACGUCAAAAACUAGGAAAAAGUAUAUAAUUCAUGAGUAAUUUCCUGAAACAGUCAGUGGCCUUGUGGUUAGAGUGUCCGCCCUGAGACUGUCAUUACAAAACCCGGACGAAUUAUACCAAAGACUAUAAAAAUGGGACCUAUUGCCUCCCUGCUUGGCACUCAGCAUAAUGGGUUGGAAUUGGGGGUUAAAUCAGGAAAUGAUUCCCGAGUGUGGCCACAGCUGCUGCACACUGCUCCCCUCACCUCCCAGGGGGUGAACACGGGAAUGGUUCAAAUGCAGACGACAAAUUUCACCACACCCAGUGUGUAUGUGACAAUCAUUGGAUCUUUAACUUUAACUUAAUGCAACAAACUUGGCCUUUGCUCUUCCAAAAGUACAAUUACCAUUCCUCUAUCACUAAAACUCACUGAACACGUAGCAAAUACAUUUACCUUGUAGCUAAGAUAUCUACAAUUUCACAUUUACAGUAAGAUGAUACCAAGAUCAUCCAUGUAGACCUUGUACAUGCAGAGAAAACUUUAUUUAUUUUGGAUAUGUCUUUUUUUUUUCUCGAGCAUAAGGAUUUAAGAGGUUAAACCUACUAAUGCACAGCUUGGUGUAAAUAUACUGUACCUCUUGUCUUACAUACUGUCAAGCUAUUGGCCACAUCAAUGUAGGUGGUUGUUGUUUCAAUCUUUCUCAUGUGUUCCUGUUUCACUGCUUCUCAUUUUUACACACAUGCAUUUGUUGAUGACUGUUAAUGUGAUUUUUUUUUCUUUAGAAUCCAGAAAAUAAGCAUGGUUUCUUUGUAAGCCUUUCAAUGACUCCAAACAUCACAAGAUCUGUAAAAUGUAUUUCAUAGCUUUUAUCAAGAGUUGUUUAAAAUUCAAAGACAUGUUAGUAGUUUAUUUUAUGUUAUGUUGUAGCAGUAGGUAGCAGCCUUACAAACCAUAUUCAGUAUGUUUGAUGUUUGUGAUAUACUUAUCACAUGUUGCGUAAAUUAACAUUAUUUUCAUGUUUCAUUUGAAUUACCAAUCAUAUCUUAACACGCUUUUUCCAGACUUAUAUGUGUAUGUUAGGGUCUUCAUUGAUGUUAAUUUACAGUACGUCACAAGCGAAAAAGAGAGGGAGCAUUAGCCCUUUAUCCCUUCAAUGAAGGAACAUAGCAGUUUAUGACCAUUUUUGCUUCCUUUUAAUUUAUUUUCUGUCUUUUUUUUUUGUAAAUGUAAUUAAUGCAGCAGAUGCUACUGUCUCCGGGAUUGAUUCGUCUGUAUAAAUUGUCAAAUAAACGCACUUAUGUCAAUA